GGUGCCGGCCGGGCGGAGGAGCCGCUUCCGGCGCGCGCGAGGGGCGCCGCUCGGGGCCGCGCGCCGUCCCGCCAAGCCCCGCAAGCAUUUGGACAGUGCCCUCAGACACAUAGUGCAAAAGGAUACAUGUUCACUUCAAGUAGAAAGGAGCAUGUUCCCCAAUUCAUCCAACAUGGGUUGUCCACCCUUCCUGCCAAAACAUCAACAACAGAAUAAUUUCUUCAAUAAGUCUCCUCUUAACACACCACCUAAUCUUCUCUCUCACCAGCAAAUUAUUGAUGCUCAGUUUAGUUUUCAGAAUGCAGCUCUCUCCAGGGCUCGCUUGAGUGGGGAUCUUACAGCUGUUCCAGCUGUUAAACUGCAAACAAUGACUUAUGGAAAUGGCAGUCUAGCACAAACGCCUGAUGCCUCCAUACCAUUCCGAGGAAGAAAGAGAGUAGGAGAACAUAGAGUUCCGCAAGAUGUCAAACGGCAGCGGUUUCAUUCCCAACAGUCUGAAACACCUGUAGUUAAGCAAGCAGUGCCUUUACCAGAAGAACGUAGAUUCUCUUUCCCAGGAUCAAUUCAAUCUCUGCACCCUCGUGCGCAUUGCACGGCGGAUAUAACCGGCUGUGUCCCUCCAUUGCAAGAUACUUCUUUUCCAGACCAUAUAGAAACCAGUCUCCCUGUGGCCAAAGAUAAGUUAAGUAAGCAGGUUUUGGAGAUGUUUCGCGCAUGUCAGCAACAGACCUGUGAUUUGAACAGAAAAGAACUCUGCAGAACAGAACUCCAGAGAGAAAUUCAGCGAAUUUUUCCACAGAGCAGACUUUUUUUGGUUGGGUCCUCACUGAAUGGGUUUGGCACUCGUAGCAGUGAUGGUGACCUGUGCCUCGUUGUUAAAGAAGAACCAGUAAAUCAGAAGACUGAAGCAAGACACAUACUCAGCUUAGUCCAAAAACUCUUCAGUACUAAACUUUCAACCUACAUUGAGCGACCUCAUCUGAUUCGAGCAAAAGUGCCAAUAGUGAAGUUCAGGGAUAAAGUCAGCUGUGUGGAGUUUGACUUGAAUGUAAACAAUGUUGUAGGAAUAAGAAAUACAUUCCUUCUGAGAACCUAUGCAUAUGUUGAGAAUCGAGUUCGUCCAUUAGUACUCGUUGUUAAGAAGUGGGCGAGUUUUCAUGGUAUAAAUGAUGCCAGCCGUGGUACUUUGAGCAGCUACAGUCUGGUAUUGAUGGUUUUGCACUAUUUACAGACCCUACCUGAACCCAUCCUUCCAUCCCUCCAAAAAAAUUACCCAGAGUCUUUUGAUCCUACCAUGCAGUUGCAUCUUGUUCAUCAGGCUCCACGUACCAUUCCUCCUUACCUCUCAAAAAAUGGAUCAAGCCUUGGGGAUUUGCUAAUAGGCUUCUUCAAAUAUUAUGCCACAGAAUUUGAUUGGAGCCAUCAAAUGAUUUCAGUUCGUGAGGCCAAAGCUAUUCCAAGACCUGAUGGCACUGAAUGGAGGAACAAAUUUAUUUGUGUAGAAGAGCCCUUUGAUAGGACAAACACUGCUAGAGCUGUACAUGAAAAGCAGAAGUUUGAUAUUAUCAAAAGUGAAUUUCUGAAGUCUUGGCAGGUAUUACGAGACCAGAAAGACCUGAACUGUUUAUUACCUUUAAGAAAAAUCGUGCAGAAAAGAUAACCAACUUUGACUUCCUUCUUAUUGGAUGCUGCUGAAGUAUAGACAGUAUCAAAAUCAAGAAGCAGUUACCCAUUGUUUUUUUAUGACAUGUUUCUUCAUAAACUUUUGUUAAGGAAAUGUUUAUAAGAAAGACUUCAUAUUUUAUUACCAACAUUUGUUAAUACUGCUGUUAGUUCAAAGGUAUGUUUUCUGAAAAUGCUUCUGUUGCUGACUUCUAGAAGAAACUCAAGCGUCAAACCACAAGAAUAAAUCCAUUGUAAGGGAUUUAUGUGGUUUCCAUAAUCUGUGUAAUCAUUAAUUCAGACACCAUGAAAUAAAGACAUGCAGAGCUAAACAGUGUGGAAGACUGACUAUAUCCUUAAGGCAUUGUGCACAAUACCCACUUCUUGAUGAACAGACAGCCCAUGAAUUCCGUUUGCUUAACUGCAGCAAGCACUUCUGUUCAACUUGGCACUUUCCAGUUUUUUUUCUCUUCUAAAUGGGACAACAGACAACGAUUUAUGAAAAUUAAGCUAGAUUAUGGUUGGAAGUGUUCUGGAUACCAAGAACUGUAAUCUAAACUGGAACAUUCAAGCAACAAAUCUACUACAAAGAAUGAAGUAAAAAAAUGGGCAAAUCAGUAUACACAAAGUCUUCAUAUUCAAACAGAGUAGGCGAGGUACUUUUUAGUGCUUCCUUGUACGUAUUUGAAGUAGUAGUGACAUCUGCUUUUGGAAAAAAACAAAACCAAAAAAACACAAUACCAAACACCCCACAAACCUACCAUUGCUACAAUAAGCUGGGUUUCUGUUUUGAUUUUGUUGUAAAUAUUUGUACAUUGACCAGCUACUGUAAACUGAAUUUAAAUAAGUAAUGUUGACAAUUUUAGCUUUUCUAAGAAAACAAUUGUGAACCCUCUUCUAGACCUGCUGUAGCACAAUUUAUGCUGCUCAUAUUUACCUGUUAUUGAAGACCAAUUCAUUAUUAAAAAUGUACUUAGCGUUGAUGUCAAAUUUAUAUUUUAAUUUCUAAUCUCAAUAUUUUUGAUUUUUAGUGGAAUAAAGUUUAUAUAUGGAAGAUACAGUUUAUUUUUCCAGUUUGUUAUUUUGUACUGCAUAUUUAAAAUAUUUCCUGUAAUUAGGUAGAAAAGGAAAUGCUCUGUAAAGGUAGGGCCCCUGUUACAAAUCAAAAACUUUGACUCUUCUGCACUGUGUGUGUAGAGGUGAAAUUUUCGUCUAUUGCCAUCUCUAAUGAGAUUGUGAACACCCUUAUAAGAGUGAGAAAUAGCAAACAUUAUCUCUCCUUGUGCAAACUUUUAAGUUCUAAUUUAUAUCAAGUUUUAGAACUUAGAAGUUCUAGAAAAUGUAAACCGUUUGCCUGCUGUGAGGUUCCUUACUACACACUUCAUCAAAUCUGUGUAAGAUUUUGGCUUACUUCUUAAAACAACUUCCUUCUGCAAUUUGAACAUUCCAUUUUAAUGCAACUCCAGCAAUCCAGUAAAAUGUUCUCUCUCCAUACAUUUGUUCCCCUCAUUGCCCUCCCUCUUUGUAAGGUGGUAGGCUUGGUCUCAGUGAAACAUCCACCUUGAUCUGCAUUAUGUAAAAAGAAAGCACAAGUUUUUAGUACAGGUUGAUGUCUGGAUUCAAAGAUGCUCUAUAAGCCCUGGAGGAAUUUGGGUAGAGGGGAGUGCUGCCCUUUUGUCAAAAAGGUGCUGGAUAUCUCUUUGUCUAGAAAAUUUAAAACUUUCCCAACAUAGGAUAACUAAGAAGGCAUAUAAGUGUUCAGACUUGGCAAACAUGUAUGUCAAGUGAGCUGGAUAUGAGGCACAAAACUUUAUGCAUAUCUUAACUUUUUAAUGAGAUUGCAUUACAUCACCUAAGGUGUUAAAUAUCUCACACCUUAAAUUACUGCUUUAUGUUUGAAAACACCUCUUCGUAACUGUUUAAAAGUAGACAGUUAAAAAAAAUUGUAGUACCUCCGUGCAACCACAAUGACCUGGGUCUUUCAAAAGAAUCCUUUUGGUUUUUUUUUUCUCUAGUUAUGUACUUCUGAUAAGCUACAUUUAUAAUCAGAAAUAGAAUGUAUAGAUUGUAGUUUUCCCUAACUGUUUGGAGACAAGCCUGUUGAUUGCGUUCUCUCAGCUACUAAAGAGUACCCAGUAAUUUACUGUGUUAGCUAAACAGGUGCAAGGUGCUGUAGCCUGGUUUAUCUUCUAGUAAAAGAAGCUAGUGAGUAAUCUGGCAAGAGCUUGGAAAGUGGCAGUGCUCUUACAUAUUGAAAAGUAAGCUGAGAAGUUUGGAAAACAAAUCUCACCAAAUGCCAUAUUAUUCUCCUGCCAAGGCAAAUGAGCAGCACCACUCUCCAUGCAAGUGCCAUCAGAAAAUUUCAGAUUAUGGUUUAGCCCUGGCCUGGCCAAUUUUGGCAGCUAAAACCAAGAAGUUGUAGUUCCUUUUCCCCCGCUCCCAGGGAAAGAAAUGAGAGGAAAAUUACUUGUGGGUUAGAAACUAAACUAGAACAGUUUAAAUAAAAUAGUAGUAAUAAUAAAGAAAAUAAUAAGAAAAUAAUCAAGUAUAUGCAAAUAUAUGAAAUCACACACCCACCCCUUGAUGACUAUAUAUAGUCAACCACACCUGCUGCAGAGCAGGUUGGGGAAGGGGUCGGCGGCAGGGAAGAGCUGGACACGAGAACUGGGUUCAGAAAUGCACAGAUCCGGGAUCGGGGCAAACAGGCAGACAAGGUUCUCUCUGGACAUGGGUCAUCACAGUAGAGACUGAGAGCCUUGUGAUCUCUUAGUUUUAUACAGACUGUGAUGUAUACGGAAUGGAAUACUCUGUUGUUCAGUUUGGGGUCACCUGUCCUGACCACCUUUCUCUGCAGGCGCGACCCUCGUUCAUCUUUGACUUGCAGCAUUCCACCAGCUCGAGGAUGGCCUUGGUUACUAUAGGAAUAAAUAUAAGAUUGGCCUUUCUGUAUACCAGUGCCCCAUGUUGUCACUUCUUGACAGAAACACUGUCUGAAAAAAAUGUACUUAACUUUCAGAAAAUGAAAUGAUUUAGACAAAACUUUGCUGAAGUUAGAAAACUGAUUCUACUUUAGGUCAAACCACAAGACAGAUAAAAUACCACAAAAUAAAUAGUUUGGGAAAGGGGAGUGGGAGCUGAGCUGUAACUAACUUUGGAUUCAGUUCUGCAUAGUUUGAAGUUGUUCAGAGAUUCAGAGCCCUGGAUUUUCAUCUACUUUCGGCAAGUCUCCAAAGCAAGAAAUCUACUAAUGGCUAUAAUAAAUCUUAGUGUUAGAGUGAAGUUCUCCCUUCUCAACUUCGAAAUAAAAACCUUCACACACUUAUGUCUCAGCAUACACCCUGGCAGGAGUCAGUGUUAAAAGGUGUUUUUCAUGGCUGACCAAGGUUUCAACGUGUGUGCGAGAUGCUAACUAACUUCUCUGAGGCUUCUUACUGCCUUGAAAUAAAAAUGCUUUAGUUCAGCUCUGUUUGUUAUUUUAGAACUAGUUUUGACUACUCCCUCUGGCAUGGGUUUGCCCUGUCAUUUCUCACCUUAUAUAAUGUCAGAAACUGUUAGUGUCUCAUCUAGGAUUUUAGGAACUCCCUUUAGUCUUCUAGUAGUGUUUUUAAUUAACAGGCUUAGAGGUGUACAGGAGGACCAAAUGUUACCAAGAGCUUCCCAUUCAGUAACAGUAGCACCAGAACUAAUAUAGGCUGUAUACUGUGAAAUUUAAGUUUCUCUUCUAGCUCUGGUACUCUCACUUCUACAAUGUGACUAGGUAAGUGUAUUGUCUGUACCUUAAGGUGUUCUCUCAGUAUGAGAGGUUAUGUUUGGAAUGAAUUCAAUAUAAACCAAUUUUAAGACUUAGAUUGAAGGAUGGCAUGGCUGUUUGGGAGAAAUGGGCAGCCAUGAUAGAAGGUUGUAAGAUGAUUUGUAGGUAACCUGAGGUUACUGCUCGUUAACACCGUCCCAAAUACUUAUUUGAAAGAAUGCGUUAUUGAACUUGGACCACUGGACUAAAUUCACAGUACAUUUGGUGUUAAAUUUAAGAACAUCAGUGAAUGUAAUUCUUGAUUAAAUGGAGUUCUACUUGUGCUGGGUUAUUUCAUGUGUACUUUGUAGUGGUUUUCUUUGUUCUGUUUGUCUUGUUUUCUCUACUCCUUAUGUAUUUUGAUUUAAGUAUUUGCCUCACUGAUUUUAAGAGAGUGUGAUUCUUGUACGAAGAGCAUAAAAGAAUAUGCUAUUUUGGUUAAUUUACAGGUCAAAUUAAUUUGUGAGAAGUACGGAAGGGAGAGUAGUGGGUCUGGAAAUAAUCUGAAGGGGUUCUUCUUGCCGUACUGGAGACUGAAUCAAAACUUGUGCAAUAUAUGUAUGCUUUAUAUGUAAGCAUUUCUAGAAGAUUGUAAUGCUUUAGUCUUCCAUUCCUUAAGAAUGUGAAGUCCUCUGUCUUAAAUUUCUUCAUGCUCUGUACACUGUCUCUGUGCUCAUAAUAAAAUCUGGAGAACUUAGUAUGGAUUUCAAGUGCGCUUCUUCGAGAAAUUAUGUUCUGACCUUGUAAAUUGUGUACCUCAGUGGGGAGGUCAAGAGAGCAGAUGGAUUUUUAUCCCUAUGUACUGUUUUGGAAAUAUUUUAUUUCAAGUCAAUCUGUUAGCAGAAUUUUAAUUUAGCAUUGCAGAGGCAGCUCGUUCUCAAAGAUACCUGCUUGUGUUCCUGUACUUAUGACACAAGGAAGAGUUUGCUGAUUGAUGUAUAGUGAGCUAUUUAUUUGAAGAACAAAAAAAAGAAAACAAUAAGAAAAAAUGGGGUUAUACUGUGUAUACAAGGUUUAUACCAGAAAUAACUUGGAAGUUCUUUAUUUAGAAUCAGAGUCUUGGUGCUUCUCCCCCUCUUCUGAAAAAAUAUUUAAAAAAAAAUCAUUACAUUGGCUAGUAUAGGUUGGAAAUAUUUCCAUUUUGUCUGUGAAAAACACUGCAUUUUGUGUGAUAUGCAGACUAAUAAA